AUGUCCUCGCUCGCUUCGAGCGCCGCCGACGAGACCGUCCUGGUCGAGCGCGACGGCGCGAUCGCCACCGUCCUGUUGAACCGCCCGCACAAGCUCAACGCCCUGACCAAGCCGAUGUGGGCCCGGCUCGGCGCCGUGCUGCGCGAGCUGGACGCCGACGAGAGCCUGCGCUGCGUGAUCCUGCGCGGGGCCGGGGAGAAGGCCUUUUCCCCCGGCAACGACAUCUCCGAGUUCGAGACCGAGCGCGCCAACCCGCGCCAGGCCAAGGACUACGGCCGGCUGAUGCACGGCACGCUCGGCGCGCUGCGCGCGCUGCGCCAUCCGACGAUCGCGCGGAUCCACGGCAUCUGCGUCGGCGGCGGCAUGGAGAUCGCCGGGCUCUGCGACCUGCGGGUCUGCGGCGAGUCGAGCCGCUUCGGCGCGCCGAUCGCCCGGCUCGGCCUGGUCAUGGCCUAUCCGGAGAUCGAGGCGCUGCGCGACCUGGUCGGCAAGCAGACGGCGCUGGAGAUCCUGCUGGAGGGGCGGAUCUUCGGUGCGGCGGAGGCGCUGGACAAGGGGAUCGUCACCCGCGUGGUCGAGGACGCGCGGGUCGGCGACGAGGUGGCCGAGACCGCCGCGCGGGUGGCCGCCGGCGCGCCGCUGGUGGCGCGCUGGCACAAGAAGUUCCUGCGUCGCCUGGAGGACCCCGCGCCGCUCAGCGAGGCCGAGUUCGACGAGGGCUUCGCCUGCUACGGCACCAAGGACUUCGAGAUCGGCUACAGGGCCUUUCUCGCGAAGACCGAACCCGAGUUCGAGGGGCGGUGA